AUGGCCCUGGGCCAGAGCACUAUUCCCAUCGAGCCUGUGAUCGCUGCCGGCAAAAAAAGGCUAAGAACCGGUCAAGGCUGCACCUUUGGCAUUCCCCCGGGCAAGCGAGGGCCCAAGGGAAAGAUUAGGCGCCGUAAUAUCGUCAACGUCCAAAAAGGCGCCAGUCAACAAUGUCACAAUCCGCUCGACGCGACUCGGUCGUCGGUGUCUAUUGUUUCGCCUCCUGUCCACGCAGGCCAGUCAUUUCCCGAUUCCCCAGCCGCGGCUGCGCUAUCCCCGCUAUAUCCUCAUCGUCUGACACCUCUCGAACGAUGCGGGCUUCUCGCCGACGCCGUCGCCCAGGCUUCCUCGUCUUUGACGUCGCUCGAAGGGGUGGUCCGAGAGUGCACCGAUCUCUUUUUUCGGUACAUCUUUCCCUUCAGCAUGUCGGUGCACGAACGUAGCUUUCGCGGCUUGCUGAACCAGUACUUCGGCACAUCGCCGCCUGGCGCCACUCUAACCGAGUCCGCAUUCACUCUCAUCACUGCAGUAUGCGCGAAGGUUUGUUUCUUUGUGCCCUCGGACCUGUUUCCGGCUGGCGACCACCUUGCCGAGACGUUCCUUGAGGCCUCGCGCAGUUGUCUUGCUAGUUAUGCCGAAGUCGACUUGCAGAAUCCCUGUGCCGACUCCAUAACCGUCCGGUACCUCCACUCCAACUGCCUGCACACCUGCGCGAGGUCGGUGCUCUCGUGGCACGUCUUUGGCGAGGCCGUUCGGCUGGUCCAGCGAAUGCGCCUCCAUGAUGAAGACUCAUAUGCCUCGUUGCCCCUGAUCGAGGCGAACAUGCGUCGCAACGCCUUUUGGAUGGUAUACACGGGGGACAAGUCGUUAGCAGUGCUCCGGUCCAUGCCUAUCACAAUCUCCAACUAUUCGUUCGAGAACCCCAUCACAACGGCCUAUCCAACGAGCGAGCAAAACGAGUUAAUCGUAGGCUCUAACGCCGGCAUACGGCUCUGGCAGUGCGCAGCAGACGUGUUGCUGCGCAUGAGAAUGAUCAAAAAUAGUCAGAUUCCCGACCCAGACCUGCCGUACCCACGCUUGACACCAGCCGACCAUCGCACUCUGAGCGACGACUACGUUCGUUUUGCAACCUGUAUCGACGACCUACCACCGUAUCUUCUCCCAGACAGUGCCGCGCUGUCUGCGGGCGAUGUGGAUAGCACACACCACAAAUUUGCGGCUCAAAUAGUUGACCUACAGAUAACAUAUCACAGCCUAAAGAUGCAUCUUACGCGAAGCUUAGAAGAGAUGGGGUACUUCUCUUGGGUCGGAGGGUAUAAGGAGAUGCUCGUGCUCAGGAAGACCGAGAUUGCGCGCGACAUGGUUCGGUUCUUGCAAGCCGUACCCUUCUGGACCCUGCAGAUCAAUGGAGAGCCUUGUGCUGAAAAGGUCCGCCUGGUCAGCGUGAGCUUGCUCCCUAUAAUCCAGGAGCCUUCGCCACUUGCAGCCAGGGCCCGCCGCGACUUCACAGUACUCCUCGAUAUCUUAUCUCAACUUGAUUCCAAGGCGUCAGAUGCUCUGCGUCUUGAAUUGUCAUAG